CGACCGCCUCGAUAAUCGAGUUACUUAGACACACUGACAGACCGAGCACAGACCGGGGUGCCUGACUCGGCCAGCGCACUUCUCGUACGUAUAAAGCGUAUCGGUGAGGAGGAAAGCGUCCUCGACAUGUCCUCGGGGUGUACAAGCGCGGUGGGUGAGGUCGAGGGUGUUGCGCGCUGCAUACAGUUCGACCGCGCUUGGAGUCGAGCCUUCCAAGCUCGAGAUCCAACGUGCGCCUCAACUCAAGCCAAAGCCAGAUGCCUCUGAGCUGCGAGUGUUUGGCAAGAAUGUGACCGAUCAUAUGCUGAGCGUACCCUGGAACGUACUCAGCGGGUGGGGAACCCCUCGUAUUCAUCCAUUCGGAAAGGUCUCGCUCGAUCCCCAUGCGAGUGUCCUGAACUUCGCGCAGACAUGUUUCGAGGGCUUCAAAGCGUACCGCACGCCGUCAGGCAAGGUCGCCCUCUUCCGGCCCGACAUGAACAUGAAGCGGAUGCAGACGAGUGCGGGACGCGCUACAUUACCGGGAUUCGAUGGCGAGGCCAUGCUGGAACUUAUCAAGCAACUGGUCCGCCUGGAAAAAGACUGGGUCCCGGACAAGCCGGGAUACAGUUUGUACAUCCGGCCGCUCCUGAUCGGAACGGAGGGCACACUGGUUGUCGCCCCACCGUCUGAUGCGCUGUUGACUGUCAUCUGCUGCCCUGUGGGCCCGUACUACCCUGAGGGCUUCAAGCCCAUCGCGCUGUACGGGACGACAGAGUUCAUCCGUGCCUCGCCCGGAGGCAUUGGGUCCUACAAACUUGGUGCCAACUACGUGACGGGUCUCAUUGCUGCCAAAGAGGCCGCGAAGCAGGGUUGCGUACAGAACCUCUGGCUGCAGGGCCCAGAGCACAUCGUCACUGAGGUGGGUACCAUGAACGCGAUGGCGGUCUUCAAGCACCCCGAUGGAACUGUCGAGCUUGCAACUGCACCAUUAGACGGCAUGAUCCUGCCAGGCGUUACUCGUGAUUCCGUGCUCACCCUUGCAAGGGAGCAUGCCUCUGGCAAGUCAAAGGUCGAGGGGCUCCCAGACAAGUUCAUCGUAUCCGAGCGCGAGGUUCGUAUGAAGGAGGUCCAGGACGCCGCGAAGGCGGGCACACUCGUGGAGUUCUUCGGGACCGGUACUGCUGCGGUGAUCAGCCCGGUCAACCGGAUCCGCUACUUGGACGAGGAUGUACACAUCCCGACUGGCCCAGACGGUAUGGGUCCUGUGUCGAAGUCUCUCUGGCAGAGGCUGGUGGCUAUACAAACUGGUGCGAUUGAGCACCCGUGGAGCGUGGCCGUUCCGGAGUAACUCUGGGCUAUGUAAAAACGCGACAUACCGGAUUUAUAUAUCCCUCCGACGUGCAUGCACGUUGUAUUUGCUGGGUACGACACUUGUGUAGUGGAAUUCGAACGUUGCACGCCUUUUAACCUUAACCUCCUGUCAGCGUGUCCAGUGGUGUCGCGUGG